AUGUCCUCCCUAUUCAAUCGUUUCAAAAAGAAUAACAGCAAUGCAGAGAAUAAAUUUGAACAACAACGUAACGCCAAUCGUAAAACACUACAACCUCAGGAUUUGACCUCGACCCAAAGUGAAAUCAGUGCUCAUGACAAGUCGGGUUCACUCUCAAUUCCAUCAAGUAAUACUGCCAGUAGUGGUUCUCUAGCCUAUUAUGAGGAAGGAGCAUCAGUGAAUGCCAUGACUCAACUCUCAAACAAAAACAGUAAGAAGGGAGAUAACAACAAGGAAAAGAUGCCACCACCAGAGGAAAUUGUUGCUCAAUUUGAAAAGUUGUUGAAAUAUCAAGGUAUUACACCAACUGAAAAACGAUACAAAUUGAUGAUUAUGAAACCUUUGGAAGAAAAGUGGAAAUUGGUUAAAAUUAUGCAAAAUACAAAGAAGGAAGCUGAUAAAUUGCAUACCAUCAAGGACACUCCUGAAUAUAUUGUACAUCGUUUGAAAGAUGAACCAACACUUGGUUCAGUUACUGAAUUGAUCAGUCUCUUAAAGGGAGCUAAAUCAGAGGAUUGGAUUCGUAAAUUCUUGGAUUUACAAGGUUUGGAGUGUUUAUUUCAAAUACUGGUAGAAAGUUGUGAUCAACAAAUUAGAGAACAAGGUGGUAAUAUUCACGAAGAAUUUUCUGAUGAUGAAGCACAACCUGAGGAAGAAGAAAAUGAAGAGGAAGAAGAUGGACUCGAAGAUGAGGAAAAGAAGGAAGAAACUGGUUCCGAACAAGUGGAAACCAAGUCUUUGGAUCCAAAGAGUAAACCACCUCCACCUAUGCUUCCACCAAGAAUUGAAACUAAAUCAAAGCGUGAAGAUCCAUACGAUGCUCUUCAAGCUGAAUGUGUCAGAGCACUUCGUGCAUUGAUGAAUACCACUCUUGGUCUUAAUGCCUUUUUGCAAAGUAAGGACAAGUCAGUGUUAACUGUCACCAAGAUUUUGGAUUCCAGAAAUAUCAAAACCAAAACUCAAGUUUUCUUCUUGUUGGCAACUAUUUGUAGAUUCGAACAAGGUUUUUGGAUUGCUAUCGAUGCUAUGAACAAGUACAAGUUGAAUAGAAAGGAACGUGCUAGAUUCCAAACCAUUGUUCGUUUAUUGAAGAAGAAGGUUGAAGUGAGUGAUGAAACUAUUUUACUCAAAACUUCAAUUAUUGUUUUCAUUAACUCUUUAAUUAAUUCUCCACAAGAUGCUUCAUUGAAGAAACAAUUGAGAAAGGAAUUUGUUGAUCUUAAAAUGAUUGAAAUCAGUGAACAAUUGAAAGCUUUGGAUCUUGACGAUACUUUAACAAUGCAACUUUCAUUCUUCGAAGAGGAAGUUCAAGAUAUUGAAGAUGCUGAAGAGGAGGAAGAAGAGCUAGAUCUCGACGCAUUGGAAGAUCCUAUGGAAAUUCUCAAACUUAUUAGAGUUCAAUUGGGUGGUUCUCAAGCUUUCGAAUAUUUCGUUAAAAUCCUUCAAUACUUUUUAAUCAUUUCCGGUAAAUCAAAUGAAAAGGAAAAAUCAAAGAAUAUGAAUAUUCUCUUGACAAUGAUCAAGAAGGCUGUUGCUUUCAAGGAAGAUGGUGGAGUUGAAGAAGUCAGUGUUAAGGAAUUGCAAUUAGCUGAUCGUGUUGAAACUCAACAACGUAAGAUUACACAACUCGAAACUAGAUUCUUGAAAUUGGCAGAAAUGUUAAAGACUGGUAAAAUUGAUGAUAAGGUUAUUGAAAAAUUCAUUAGUUUGACAUCUAAGGACACAAGAGAAAGCUUUAACAAAUCAGUUGAAAGUAUGGAUCCUAGUGAGUUACAAGAAGAAUUCCUCAAAGAUGCCGAAGAAUUACUUGUAAAGGUUAAGUCAAAAGGUGGAUUUGAUUUGGAUACUUCAAAUGCUCCAGAAGAUUUAAAGAAACACUUGAAGAAACUCGAAACUGAGCUCAAAUUUAUGACUUAUAAGGCCAAACAAUUAGAGAAACAAUUACAAUCUGGAGGUGGAGGAAAAGGUGGAGGUGGUUCUGGUGGAGGAUCAGGUGAAGGUGGUUCAACAGGAGGUGAUUCAUCUGUUCCAUCCAUACCAACAAUUCCAGUUGCAACUGAAGGCAUUCCAUUGCCACCUGGUAUGGGAGUUCCUCCACCACCUGGUAUGGGAAUUCCACCACCACCUGGUAUGGGCGGUAUUCCACCACCACCAGGAUCAGGUAUUCCAUUGCCACCUGGCGUUCCACCACCACCUGGCAUGGGAGGAAUUCCAAUGCCACCUGGAGUUCCUAUGCCACCUGGUAUGGGUAUUCCUGGUAUUCCAGGUAUUCCACAAGGAUACGUUCCACCAAAAUUACCAACCUAUAAGAGUACUGCUGUAAUGAAGGGUGUCUUUUGGAGUAAGGUACCAGUUCAACAAUUGAAGGACUCUAUCUGGAUUAAGAAGGAUAUUGUCACUGGAUUGGAAGGUAUUGAAUUGGAAACAACAGAAUUGGAAAAGCUCUUUGCUAAGAAGGAAUCUAUUGUAUUGGAAACUAACACAAAGAAACCAGAAAAGGUUACCCUCAUUGAUCCAAAGAAGGCCCAAAACUCUGCCAUCGUUCUCGGUUCUAUGAGAUUGGACCACGAUGAUAUUAAAUUAUCCAUGUUGAGAAUGGAUGAAGGUGUUUUGGCUCCAGAAAAUAUCAAGGCCCUCAAGGACAUGGUUCCUACAGCCGAUGAAAGACAAGCUCUCAGUGAUUAUAAUGGUGAUUUCAACAUGUUGGGAACAACUGAACAAUUCUUGAGUAAGGUCAUGGAUAUUCCAAGACUCGAAGAAAGAUUAGAAAGUUGGUUGAUCAAACUCAAAUUCCCUGCCAGUGUUUCCUCAAUUGAACCAGAUAUUGAAACUAUCAUUUCUUGUUGCAAACAAUUACAACAAGGUAAAAAAUUCCACAAAGUUUUGCAAGUCAUUUUGGCUAUUGGUAACUUUAUCAAUGGUAACAAGAAGGCAGUUCACGGUUUCCAAAUCAAUGCCCUUCCAAAGUUGAAGGACACAAAGGCAACAGGUGCUAAGAUUAAUAUGCUCGAUUAUAUUGUUCAAUUUUUGGAGAAGAAUCAUCCAGAAACUCUCAAUUUUGGUGAUGACCUUUCUGCUCUUAAGGGUGCUGAAAGAGUUUCAAUUCAAGGUAUCACUUCUGAAUUGAAUGAAAUGAAGAAUGGUGUCAAUUUUGUUGGUAGAGAAAUUGAAAAGUCAGAUUUAGACACAGAAUUCGACAAGUUUAGAGAAGUCAUGGUUGACUUUUUAGAUUUUGCCUCUGAAAAGGUUGAAACAUUCGAAAAUCAAAUUAAGGAAAUGCAAACUCAAAUUGAAAAGAUUCAAAUCUUGUUUGCUGAAGAUUCUAAGAAAUUCACACCAGAAUCUUUCUUUGCUGGUAUCAAUACUUUCAUUACCGACUUUAAAUUGGCUCAUGCUGAAAUUUUGAGAAAGAGAGAUAUCGAAAAGAAGAAACUCGAAAAGGAACAAAAAGACAAGGAAAGACAACAAAAGGUUAUGGACUCGAGAAAGAAGAAAGAAGAAACCAAAAAGAUCGAAAGAGAAUCAAUCUCUGCCCAAACACCAAACGAAGAGGAUGGACAACCAGAAGAAAAGGGUGUCCUCGAUAAGACACUCGAUUCACUCAUGGAUGGUUCUGGUUUCAGAAAAGGAGUUUCUGCCAACAAGAAGAAGAAGGCAGCUCAAUUAAAUGCAGUCAACCUUAUCCAAGAAUUGGAAACCAAAAAGCUAGGCUCUCCAUCUAACGAAGAAAAUUCAACAACAACCCCUCAAUCACUGGCCUCACCAAAAGCUCAAGAUGAACAAAUAACAACACCAAGAGGACUUGCAAAAGCUCCAAAACAACCAAAUGAACAACAGUUGGAAUUAUUAUUGUCUUCUGAUGAAGAAGAUUAUCAAACUUCGGAGGAGGAUUAUGAAGAUUAUUAUGAUGAUCCGUUGACUGAUGAUGAAUUUGAUGAUGUAGAAUAUGAUUCUGAUGGUUCUGGCAAUGAUUCCGAUCCAUCAGACGAUUUUUUGGCACAAUUGGGUUUACCAAUGGGUUUACCAGCUGGAUUAGGGUUACCAAUCUUUACUGGUGGAAACUUAGAAGAACUCAAACAACAGAUUGAUAGUAGAAAUGGAAGAGUUGUAAAUAAUGCAGAAGCAUUCUUUAGAGUAAUAUUGCUGUCAAGUAUGAGUAGACGAUAUUGUGAACAAUAUGAAAAGUACAAAUAUCUUAUGAGUUUGGGAGAGCAAAAAACUGAAGAAGAAUGGAAGAGUUUAUGCACUACAGAUGAGCUUCAACUGUUCAAAACAGAUUCAAAAUCCCCAAUGUCACCUUCAAAAUUUCAGAUGUUGAACGCAACUAUAUACUUGAUUUGCACUGAAGAUGAGGCAAGAGCGGCCACUCCACUGUUUACUAUGGUAAAUUCGUUUACUGAUUUUAGUGACCUACCUCAUGCAAAUAUCUUCGCUGAGAAGGGACUUGAGGCCUAUUUGAAUAAUCCAAGGUCAUUGAUGAUUCCUAGAAUGUUUAAGCUUACCAACCCUAUUCCUCUUACAAAACACUAUGCCAUUAUGGCAGAAUCUGCUGAAAAGAAAGAAGAAAUACGUAAAUUUUUACUUCAAAACGGUGCACCACAUGUAAUUGAUAAUGUGAUGGGACCAGAAAUUAUACUAGACUAUAAUUCUUUCUGUGUAGUGUAUAGUGAUGCUAUACCUGACAUUAUAGCUCAUAAUGCAGAAACAUUGAAUUAUGAAGCAAUUAGCAUUGGUAUUACGAGUUCUUUUAAUGAAUUCUACUCAUACUCCUCUGUUGUUCAUGCAGUCAAUAGUUUGACCAAUAUUCCACACUCUCCUUUCGUAGAAAAGUACAGACCUUUGCUAUUGAAAAACAUACCAAUUAAGAGUUUAGUAUUAUACUACAGAACCCACAGUAGAAAAAUGAUACCUGAAGAUCAAUUCCAACAAUUUCCAACAAUUUCUCCAUCUGAAAGAAUAUCUACCAUCCUUCCUAAUGAAGUAUUCUUUGUAAUCCUAAAAUUUUUACCAGUCAAUGAUAUCAUGAAUAAUUUUUCGAUUACCUGUAAAAAAGCAAGGAAAAUGAGCUUUGCAGACUACUUGUGGAAGGAUAUUUGUCUUGCCUAUGCUUCCAAUUAUCCAUUCCUGAAACCAUUUACAAAAGAGGAAAAUCUGACGAGAACCAAGCUUCCUCACUAUUACAUAUUCAGAAAUAUCAUUAACCCAAUUUUAAUUGAUUACAAAUUGGUCACAAACUAUAUCAAUUCUGUAUGUAAGGAAGAGCCAGAUAUUUUCAAACUCGAUGUAUUCAAUAAUACUGUAACAACGGCUCUGUACAUGGACAGGUAUGGCAUAGAAGACUCUGAAAUCAGUGUUGGUGCAACUAAAAUGUUUGGAAGUGCUGAUCUGCCGCCAUGUCUUUACAACACUAAAUAUGCCACAACUCCUUUAUUGUUACAAUUGAAUAUUACCGAUUUGAGAUCAAAGGGUAUUGGAAUACUUUCAUUGGAAAAUUCUCCAUUCAAACACCUGUUCCCACAAUCUGGUAUCUUGUACUUCUUUAAAGACAUGAGCACAGGAAAAUCAGAUGAUGGACUUUUAUUGCAUUAUGAUGGUGAUUUGAGUGAGUUGAAGAGAACAAACGGACAAGAGUUGGCAUCAGCUGUUAAUUUCUAUGAAGCUUUAUGUGUUCCGAAGAGAUCUGAAAUGGGUUGGAGUAAAUCUAUUUCCUUAGCUUCUCUAAUCACUCCACGUAAUAGAGAUUUUAUGGAUGAGUUUGGUGUCGAUGAUUUUGUUUCACAAUUGAUUCAUGCCAAGUUUAUUCGUGAAGAUGUAACAAAAUUGUUUGGAGAAUUGGGCUGUUUUACUGAGGGCGAAUGGUAUGGUGGUUUUCAUGGUGGUUUUAAUGAUGAUCCAGAUGAUGAAAUUUCUCAUUCAAGAUGCUUAGAUAAGUAUGUCGAUUUGAGACAUAUGCUUGCUCCAAUCUUCCAGUUGAGUGGAAAAUUUAGUAUGGGUAGACGAAUGGAAGCAAUAGGUUUUGCUGCCCUAGUGAAUACGAAUGAUAGACAUGCAAUGUGGAAGCCAUUGAAUCCAAAUAUGCCAAAUGUCUACACUUUAGAUGAAUGUUAUUGCUCAGAUUUUUUCAAUCAGGUACCAGCGAAAUUCAGAAAAGCCUUCAAAACACUUAUUAAAGAAUUUAAACGUGCAGAGUUUUAA